CGUCAGCCCGGACUCUUUAACAGGCUGUCAGCCCAGGACGCAGACAGAGGUGCGAGGAGAUGGCAGGGACGGGACGAGGAUGUAGCACACCUGCGGAGAGCGGCGCGUCGUGCCUUUAAAACGGGACUAAUUCUGGAUUCAAUGCAUUUGCAGUUCUCCACCAGUGAUGAGUUGGCUCCUGUUGUGGAUUAUAACAGCAGUCGGGAUUCAACAGGCCUACUCCCAGAAUUCCACUGCCAUGCCACCCGCCACAGCCGUCACAUUCCCACCUGUGGACCAGUACAACCGGACGCAGUACUGCAAGUGGCCGUGCGAAUGUCCCGAGGUCACCCCUACCUGUCCGCUGGGUGUGAGCCUCCUCAUGGACGGCUGUGACUGCUGCAAGGCCUGCGCCCGGCAGGUGGGCGAGGUGUGCAACGAGGCAGACACGUGCGACUACCACAAGGGACUGUACUGUGACUACAGCUCGGACAAGCCUAGGUACGAAAAAGGAGUGUGUGCAUAUAUGGUGGGCACAGGCUGUGAGCAUGAUGGUGUGAUCUACCGUAAUGGGCAGAGCUUCAAGCCCAGCUGUAAAUACCAGUGUGUGUGUGUGAACGGUGCCAUCGGCUGUGUGUCACUGUGCACAGAGUCACAGCCUCCCCGGGUGUGGUGCCAAACCCCACGCCGGGUCAAAGUCCGGGGACAGUGCUGUGAGCAAUGGAUCUGCGAUGAACCAAAGAGAGGGCGCAAGACGGCCCCACGACACGCAGUAGAGGUUUUCCCAGCUGAGACCAGGAGCUGGCACAAGAACUGCAUUACCCAGACUACCUCAUGGAGCCCCUGCUCAAAGACCUGUGGCCGCGGCCUGUCCCUGAGGAUCUCUAACGCCAACGAGCAGUGUGAGCUGGUCAAAGAGUCCCGCCUCUGCAACCUGCGGCCCUGUGAGGUUGACAUCACCCAACACAUCAAGCCAGGAAAGAAGUGUCUGAACAUCUACAGGGAAGAUCAGCCCUCCAACCUCACCAUCUCUGGCUGCACCAGCAGGAAGCAGUACAGGCCCAAAUACUGCGGCAUCUGCACAGACGAGCGCUGCUGCAUCCCUUACAAGUCCAAGACCAUAGACGUGGAGUUUGAGUGUCCUAAAGGGACGGGAUUCACCUGGAAGAUGAUGUGGAUCCAGGCAUGUUUCUGCAACCUCAGCUGCAAAAACCCCAAUGACAUCUUCGCUGAGCUGGAGAGUUACUAUGGUUACCCGGAAGUCAUUAACUAGAGAAGCAACAUGUCAUUCAUGCUCGCUCUGCGGAGGGGCAUCUCGACUUUUUUUUUCUUAUGCAAUGUUUUGUAUCUGUAAUGUGUAUGAAUAUGUACAAGGGAUUUUCUUAUGGUCUUUUUUCCUAUUGGAAAAAUCUGUAAAUAUGAAAAAUAUAUGUGUCUCCAGAACGGAUUCAUAAAGCAUGACGUGCUUUUGAAGAGUAUUCGAAGAAGUACUUUGCAAAUGAAAAUAUUCAGCCAAUGCGUGUGAGAAAUACUGAAGGCUUUAUUUAUUUAUGUAGCUUGUGGCAUAACUAAUAACAUAAAUGAGAUUCUUGAGCUGCUUUCAAGAAAAGUCAAACAUCGUCUUUAAACUCACAAGCCAAUUUAGGCAAUAAAGGUUUACUGUAGAUAUUUUCCUUCAUUUUUCAUGAAAAUUUCUUCAUAACAAAUGAAAAAAAAGGGCACAGAUGAACUGUUAUGCCAAAGACAAAGCCUUACUUUUAAGACUGUUUUUCUUUUAUAAAUGACCACAUCUUCAAAUAAAAAAGACACAAUCAGGGAAGAUCUGUUACAAGGU